AACAAUAAUUAACGAUAAUUAACAAUAAUUAACGAUAAUUAACAAUAAUUGGCAAUAAUUAACAUUGAGUACCGAUGGUUAGGCCGAUUUCUAGGGUUUAUUUGAGCCGUUUGCACUUGGGAAUGACUGGGAAAAUCGACCAGAGCGGGCUGAAAACGCUGUUAAAGAGGCUGAAGAGUGAGGAUAAAUACUUAUCCGAGGGGUUAAUUCUAGACUCCAACGACGGAUUUGUCUCCGUCAUCAAGUGCGAUCCUCCCUCUGGAUACAUCACCACCCAUACCUUUGUCUUCGUCGAACAAUCCGUCAAACCACUCAAACAAUUACAUCUACUCCUCAUACCCAACAAUUCUAACACUGUAAACUCCACAAAUAACUAUGUCAUCUCCACAAAUUAUAACACUGUAAACUCUGUCAACACUGUAAACUCUGUCAAUAAUAACACAGUAAACUCUGUAAAUAAUAGCACAGUGAGCGGUGUAAAAAAUAUGUUAGGCUGUGAUGAGAAGUUGAUGGAGGAAUUGGUGAAUUCUGGACAUUACUACGGGCCGUUCUACAUCACACAACUCAACCAAACCACCAAUCACACCCUCAAUCCCAUCUUCCCACCUCCUACCAACACUUCUAAUCCUAACACUCCAAAUGGUGUAAACCCUAUAAACAAUGUGGAAAAUGUGGAAGAUGUGGUGGAGGUUGCGAGGACUGAUUAUGGUUUCUAUAAGCCGGAGCCUCACAUUUUAACGGAGGAGGUUGAGUUUUUCUACUUAUACGACGAGAACGGGAAUAACAUAAUCACAGAGUGCAGUGGCAGAGGCUACAGCUUCUUCGAACAGCUCUUCAAUUCGUAUCUUAAACGGCUACUGGAAGUUCCCAGGAUUUUCUACUACGGGAAUAAACACAUCAUCGGCGAUCUUAACUUUCUAAUAUCCUCACUCGAACCCAGAAAUAAACCAGGCUACAUCAGCCCCAAUACUGAGAUAUACUUUGGCGUGGACCCGUUUGAGUGUUUUGAUGGAGUGGUGGUGAGUCCGUUGGGUGACACGUUACCGGAGACUUACAGUUACGACCUGUUGAAGGAAUAUGUCAGGCCUUACUUCAACUUGAACCCGUUCAAACUAUUCAGGCUCGGUGAUAAUUUUACCUUUUCAGGCGUACAGUUUAGGAUCACAGACACUUUUAAACACUCCAAACUACUGCCCAAAUGCCCCAAAUACGCCAGAAUUAACCAGAAUACUAAGAUUACUAUUGGAGAAUGUGUUGUGCCGAAGGUGAUGGACUUAUUGCCUGCGGAGCAGGUUAACAUUUUACGACUCAGUGCACCCUGCUAUAGAGAAAAACUACUCUCACAAUUCGCCGAUAAUCUCGAUCCCAUCUCACUCGAACGUAUCCAAUCAAUCAAUCUCAAUAAUAACUCACUCAGCGGUGACACAAGUGACACAGUUGUCCGACUGGAUAGUCUUAGCGGUGACGGCGGUAGCGUUAGCACCACUCCCAAUCACUCCUCACACACUACUUCUAACACUACUAUUAAGCCUGUGACUACUGUUAACAGUGUGAAUAUUGAGACUACAAUUAACGGUGUGAGCAGAUUGAUGAGUGAGUCUGAGGUGUGUAGUGUGUGUUAUGAGUUGUUGUUAUCGAGUGAGAAUAACACGAUGGGUCUCCUGUGCGGCCACGUCUUCCACAAAAACUGCGUCUUCCGAUGGCUCAGAAAUAAGAAUUCUUGCCCUUACUGCAGGACACCCAUCAACACACAUUUCCCACAUUAUCCACCAAGUAUACAGAGUACCCAGGGUAAUAGUACACAGAGUAGAAAUGUUGUGGAGAGUACUAAUGUUGUGGAGGGUAUGGAUAUUGUGGAGAGUACGGAUUAUGACACGUCGGGAACGAUAACGAGGGUAGAUACGAGUGAUUCGGACGAGGUGGUUGAUGUAUUUUCAGCUACUGUGGCUGGUGAUCCGACUCACGUAGCGCAAGUCACCAGAGAUCCCAGAGGCAGACUCCGUUUCACACUUUCCCCCACUGAUCCUAACACUACUCCUACUCCCGACACAUACACCGACAAUACACAUUUCAACCACUGUAACACUUUUGACAAUGUUGAUAUAGUUGACAGAGUUGACAGAGUAGAUAGAGUUGACAGUGUUGGUUCAACGGUUGAUAGUGUUGGUGAGGAAUCGAGUGUAAUGGAUGAUAACAUGACAGUUACAACUUAUAGCAGCAGAGCCCAUUCCAUACAGUCUAAUAAUACUACCGAUUCUCCUAACACUAUGGAAUGCGCUAAUACUACAGAAUGUGCUAAUGCUGUAGAUUAUAGUAAUACUAAUACUAUGGAAUGUGCUAAUACUAUGGAAUUUGGUAAUACUACAUAUUCUGCUAAUGCUGUAUAUUAUAGUAAUACUACGGAUUCUCCUAUUACUGUAAAUACUGCUAAUACUGUAAAUACUGCUAAUACUGUAAAUACUGGUAAUACCGUAAAAUCUGGUAAUACUAUGGAAUUUGUUAAUACUAUGGAAUUUGGUAAUACUGUAAAUACUGCUAACACUGUAAAUGCUCCUUAUACUAUGGAAUUUGCUAAUACUAUGGAGUCUAAUAAUACUCUAAAUACUGCUAAUACUAUGGAAUUUGCUAAUACUAUACAGUGUAAUACUACUACAGAUAACGCUACUACUGCUAAAAGUGUACAGUCUAAUAACAGUGUAAACACUGUUAGUGCUGUAGAGUUAAAUAAUGUGGCUGGAUCUAGAGGUUAUGUGUCUGGAUCUAGAGGUUAUGUGUCUGGAUCUAGAGGUGAUGUGUCUGGAGAUUCAGAUUCCGAGACUGAACCUGUCACCGUAACGGAUCGUGGUCCGGUAAAUAUACCCGACCCAGGUAUGGAGGAUUUAAUGGAAGUGAUUGCCGAGAUCAAUAAGCGCAUGAAAAGGGGUGAAUUUGGAGUAACAAAGCCACCCAAAGAAGCAUUCACACUCUAUCAAAAAUAUCUCAAGGCCCAAUACCUCACACAUAAAUACAUGAAAUAAUAUUAUACCACUCUCUUAA